GCUAACAAAGAAACAGGCAACAACGGAUGAUAGUGGUCAUGAGAUCACAUUUACCCGUCAGGGGAACAAUAAGAGACGGACCGAGUGAAGGUGUGGGUUGUUUUGCGAGGAGGACAAUAAUUCCGUGUUUAGUUUCAUUUGUGUUGGAGAUACACGACUGGGCGUCUUCUGAGUGGGUCGAGCGAAGUUUUACAUGACGACGAUUUACGAUUGUAAACUGGGAUUUUAAUCGAAAGCGGCAGCGCAUGCGUUGGCCACGGCGUGAUUCCUACAGGAAGGUGCAAUGGUGAAAUCCGGUUCGGUAAAGUGAACGAUCCCAGAAGAGCUCGGUGCGGUCCGGUCCGAAUAUCGGCGAUGAUGUCACUCCCAUGUUGACCUUUGCCCCUUAAAACCUGGCCUCUCCUCUGAUCUGUCAGGGUUUGGAUUGAGACAGUCGACCUCACCCCACCAUGUCUCUUCCAGAGGCCACCACAAGACCUACGUCUCCUCCGCCCCCCAAACCUGAGGCCAGAUCUAAACCCUGCAUCCCUGUGAAACCCUCGCUCCAAAGUGACUCCACAUCUCUGGGGGAUAGAGGCGACAAGGCCCGCACGUCCGGCGGGAAAGUAAAAAAGAUCGUGAACAGGUUUAGCCAACAAGAGACUGCACAGACUGCAGAGGAGGAAAAACCCGCAAAUGGUACCUCCGAACCCGCUCCAGUUAAGUCCAUCAAACGGGCCCCGACGGUAAAGCCCAAACCCGCCCAUGUGAGUCUUCCAAUCCAGAAGGGGGGAGGCCAGGCUCCCCCACUACCACUGAAGAAGGGCUAUAUCCUCCGCAGGCAUAGUAACCGGGCCGCGAGGGAGACCCCUGCAGAAGAGGAGGGGAAUGGCAUCGUUGUUGAAGGCGGGCGAUCAGCACCUGAUGGAAAGGAGGUGGAUCUUCAUCUGACUGGAGGAGGAGAAAGGGUGGCAGAGCACGACCCAGACACGCCUGUCACUUCCUGCUGUGACCCGAGCUGCAGUUGUGUGUGUCAUCUCCAGCGGCCUGGCAUGAAACUGAAAUGGGUGCCCAUAAGUGAGGAUGAGGAGGAUGAGGAAGAGGGUAGCGAGAAUGAACUGGAAGGGGAGGAGGAGGAGGAGGAGGAAGAGAGAAGAGGGGAAGGAGAGAGUGAGGCAUUGGAUAAAGAGGAAGGGGGCAGCUCUCUCGUAGGUGUAGAAAGUGAGGAGUGCAUAGAAAAGCGAAAUAAGUCAAACUUCCACAACGUUUUGGAUGUUUUGCUCACUGAGGGUCACCGGAGGCGGUCAGACCCAGGGCCACCUACCGUUCUCACCACCGUAUCUGCCAAACGCUCUCAGUCUCCCCCCAUCCCCCCCAAACGCAACCAGUCCCCAACAGCCCAUCCAAUACCCAAGCAAACUGAGGAAGAAGAAGACAUUUACGAAGCCACACUGUUGGUGGUUGAGCCCAUGCCAAAGAACAAGAUCACAUCUGCUUCCACUUCAUGUCAGGAACUGGACAUUCCCCUCAUCAAGGUGAAGAAACCCAUCCGUCGGGCUAAACUCUCCUCUAGCGCCUCAGACCCGACAUCGGAGUUUCAGGCGGAGGCAGAAUCGGCUGUCAGCGCAGACGAUGUCGUUGAUAAUGUGCCGCCCGCCAUCCCUCCCCGGAUGCCUGUUGCGCAGGAUAAAAAUGGACGCAACCUCACACCGGUGCACCGGGGGGGCAUUCCUCUCCCGCAGCCCACCCCGGAGGAGUGGCGCAACCUGCGUCCUUUGUCCCCCAACAGCGUGACUAUCAGCCCCCCGACACGCCAGCGAGCAGCCCCUCAACCCCCCUCCAGCCCUCUCCCGAAACACCGAACUCCCCCUCCACCCCCCAAGGUGGAUCCGAGGAGACUCAGCAGUGUCUCAUUGCAGUCUUUAACACAGGCUAAAGAGUCAGAGGAGAACAGUGCAGCUGAGUGUGACAAAGGCGACUCGGAGGAAGAGCCACGGCCAGUUGCUCCACCCAGGAGUGGCUCGACAUUCAACUGGGAGUCUCGCCUACGUGAUGAGCCUUUGUACCAGACGUACCACGCCACCGUCAUCACCAAGGAAAUCCGACGGCAGACCGUCUGCCGCAACAUCAGCAAGACCAGCGCAGACUACACCGUGGACUGGCGGGGCCGCCGUGCAGGGACGGGUACCGGGAAUGGGGGGCCCAAGGGGAGUUCUGUGGCCCCAGCUGGCCAGAGCACGCUGUGGCAGGACCUGCCGGCUGUGAGGGAGAGCGGGGUGCUGGAACAGCUCACACCUGAACAGUGCAAAUACCAGGAGAGCAUGUUUGAGGUGCUGACAUCAGAGGCCUUCUACCUCCGCUCCCUCCGCGUUCUCACCGAGCACUUCCUGGACAACCGUGACCUGGAAGAGACGCUGAUCAUUAGGGAUAGGAAGACCCUGUUCUCCAACAUCCUGCGGGUCCGCGAGGUCAGCGAAAGGUUUUUGAAGGACCUGGAAGACCGAAUGGAGGAGAGCCUGGUCUUCUCUGACAUCUGUGAUAUAAUCCACUACCACGCCCAGCACAACUUCCCUGCAUACAUCGACUACGUCCGUAACCAGAUCUACCAGGAUCAGACCUACACCUCGCUCAUGAAGAACAACAGUGAGUUCGCCACGGUCAUCACUCGUCUACAAGAGUCGCCUCAGUGCCAGCGGCUGCCCUUCAUGUCCUUCCUGUUGCUGCCCUUCCAGAGAAUCACACGCAUCAAAAUGCUCAUUGAGAACAUCUUGAAAAGAACAAAAGAGAGGACGAAUGAAGAGCAGACCGCCUCCAAGGCCCUGGUUUCCGUUUCAAAGAUCAUUGAGGAGUGCAACACACAGGUGGGGAAGAUGAAGCAGGUUGAGGAGUUGAUUCAUCUCUCUAAAACACUUGAGUUUGACAAGCUUAAGGCGAUCCCCAUCAUCUCCCAGACGCGGUAUCUGGAGAAGAAGGGCGAGCUCCAAGAGAUGUCUAAAGGAGGGACUCUGUUCAACAUUAGAGCCAAAUUUGUCCCAAUCUACCUCUUCCUCUUCAACGAUCUACUCAUCAUCGCCUCCAAAAAAGGAGCGGAGCGUUUUGUGGUGCUGGAUUACGCCCAUCGCUCCUUAGUGCAAGUACACCCGGCAGAUGAGGGUGGGAGCAGGCUCUGCCUCCAACACUGUUUUAGUCUGACGUUGCUGGAGAACCAUCAGGGACGCAUGAUGGAGAGGCUGCUCAAAGCCCCAUCCCAGUCAGACAUGGACAGGUGGAUGGCAGCUUUCCCCAACCCCAGUAAAAUAGAGGGAGACGAGGAGGAAGUGAUUUAUGAGGACUGGGAUUGUCCCCAGGUGCAGUGUGUGGAGCAGUACAUCGCCCAGCAGACCGACGAGCUUACCCUGGAGCCCACUGAGAUCAUCAACGUCGUACGCAAAACCAGCGAAGGUUGGUACGAGGGCAUCCGUCUGUCCGAUGGGCAGAAAGGCUGGUUCCCGGUUGUAAAUGUUUUGGAGAUCACCAACGAACACGUGAGGCGACGAAACCUUCGGGAGCGCUACCGGGUCAUGCAGGCCGCUGCCACCGCGGCCAACAUCAGCAAGGCCCAAUCCAUGCCCUGAAAACCCACCGGACCGCUGCCAUGGAGUCCCGAGGAUGGUUACAAGAUGCUGGCAGAUCACUCCGGGAUGUUUAAAUGGGCGAGGACUGGUGAACCAGAGUGCCUGCCUUCAUCCACACGAAAGAAAGCAAAAACCAAGUAAAUCUGGAAAUGCCUCCACCACAGUUGUGAACAAAAGAGCAUCAGGGAGGUUACAGGUCAAUACGUUUGAUGGCUUUGAUGAACCAGGAAGUGAAAGGGGAAAAAGGAGAACAAUGAUGAUGCUCCCACGUCACUGGACAAAGCGGACCUGGAAGUCAACUCUCUUCACCCUCUUACUGAGGAGAGGUGUGUGUAUGUAUGUGCACUUGUGCUACACCCCUCACCUUACCCCCAAUAUUUCUGGACAUCCAGGUGGUUUUCCAAGAACAGCUAGGUAUAAAAAUGGUUUCUUGUUACUAUCAAACCCCUUUUUACAGACAUUAUGUUCCCCUGCGUUCACACUUCUAGCUUUCGACUGCCAACUUAAGAUGCCAGUCAUUCUAACCGCUGUCCCUCGGGGUUUGUUGAUAGGGGUCAAAAAUGCUGCAACGAACAAGCCCGACUUCAACUGGCAUGUGCGUGUUGUUCAAUCAUGCAAUUCCUACCAUACCAGAAAACCUGCCAUCUGUGCAUGUCGACAAGAUGAAUCACAUGAUUGGAAAUGACACACACAUGCACACAAACCUACUAGGGAAAAAAAAUGGAAACUUGAAACAUCCACCUUAAGUCUUAUGUGGUUUUAUGAUUGAGUUGUAAUUUAUUAAGGAAUCGAUCUCACCAGAAGAGCUGUAGGGAAAAGUAAACCAGGAAGUGCCUUGCAGUCAGUUUUGGGACUCCCACAAUAAAGGUGGAGAACCAAACAAAAAGACCUCCAUCAGGACAUUUCCUUUAAGGCACAGGAACCCCGUUUAAAGUUGUUUCAAGAAAUGUUAACAGCACAGUUGCUUAUCUAUUUCAGUGACUAAGAACUUCUUCAAAAUAUGUCUCCAGUUUUGUUUAUUAGCUUGGAGGUGUAUGCCACUGCUCAUUGUGGCUGAAUAACGCCCCCUGUAGAUUACUGUUGAUAUGACAACUGGGAAUCAGAUGCACUGUAAAUGUUUACUGUAUAUAAAUAGUUUUUGUUCGAUUGGGGGGUUCGUUUCUUCAGAACAGUUAGUGCUCUUAAU